GGAUCCACACACACACGUACACGAGUUUUUCCCCGGGAAACAUGCUCCCGUGAGGCUUCUCCAAUGCGCCUUCACGUUUCUCUCUUAUUUCAAAGAGGUUUUAAGUGGAGAUGUCUAGACUUAUUUUCCUGCAUGGACUUAUUUUCAUCUGCUCAACAAUUCACCCGCUUGUGUUCGCCGAGAAACCGGAUGAUGGUUGUGGUCAUUAUGUCCUGGGCCAAGAGAGUGGUGUCCUCUCCUCCAAGAACUACCCUGGAACUUAUCCCAACAACUCCUGGUGUGAAUGGCGGAUCCGUGUACCCAUCGGCCUCACAAUCAUCCUCAAGUUUGGAGACCUGAACAUAGAGAAAAAGGACUGUGAGACGGACUAUUUAAAGGUUAUGAUAGGAACCUAUGAAGCGGACAAUGUAUUCUGGGAGUACUGUGGUGGUCCGAUGCCCAAGCCUACCCAGAUACACACCAACUUCAGUGAACUAACUAUCCGCUUCCGUAGCAGCCAGCACAUCUCUGGUAGAGGAUUCCUGCUCUCAUACUCCACCGAAAACAACAAAGAGCUGCUGACAUGCUUGGACAGAGGCAGUCAUUUCCCAGCUUCAAAGUACAGGAAGUAUUGUCCAGCUGGAUGCGCCGCAGUGAUGGGAGACGUGUCUGGAGACAUUUCUCUUGGCUACAGACAUACAUCAGUUCUGUGUAAAGCAGCUGUGCAUGCAGGAGUCAUUAUGGACCAGUUUGGAGGACCAAUCACAGUGGAGGAGCGCAAAGGGCUCAGUCUCUACCCAUCCAUGAGAGCAAAUGGUAUCCAGUCUAAAGAUGGCUCCUUGUCUGAAACCCUCUUCAUGUUUGUUACAAAUGAUUGUAGUAGACAAACUAUUCUUCAGCCAGUUGGCACCAUUACAAACUCAUCAUGGCACAAUAUCAGCUCUGAUGGUUCCAAAGUCGAAUGGAUUCCCAACAGCACCCUACCAGCCAUCCUUGAGGUCCCCUGGGCUGCUGACAUUAAUAACCAUCCUCAAUGGCUUCAGAUUGACCUCGGAGAGAAAAGAAGGAUCACAGGUAUAGUGACAUCAGGCUUAUCUACUGGGGGCUUUGAAUAUUUUGUGAAAAGCUACAAGGUCGAGUACAAAGAGAGGAAUCGCUGGCUGACAUUUUUCCAGUACAAUAGCUCUGAAGACAUGAUUUUUGAAGGCAAUACCGACAGCUUCCACCGAACACGCAACACUUUCCAUCCCUCCAUUGUAGCACGAAGUCUUCGUGUCGUACCUCAACAAUGGCAUCGAAUAAUUGCCAUGAGAGUGCAGCUACUGGGUUGCCCUUAUGUUAAACCUGUCCCAGUUAAUGCAUCUUCUCAGGUAACGCAAGAGGCCCUGCCUACACCGACCAUUCACAAUGAUAUGACGAAGCCAGUGGCCUCUCAGAUUGAUCUCGUUAAUCUGUUGGUAAUAAUUGUGCCCACUGUUUUGCUUGUGGUUUUGCUCCUGGUUGGAGUCUGUGUGGUUAAAAUGCUGUACAAUAAGAAGACAAAAGGAAACACGUACAGCUCUGCAGAUACAAAUCAAACAGGCUGUUGGAGACAGAUAAAACAGCCCUUUACCAGACACCAGUCCACAGAGUUCAUCAUUAAAUACAGCUCUGAGAAAGACCCAAUCCAGAAACUGGAUCUGGUAACAAGUGCAAUGGCAGCCGAGUACCAACAACCACUAAUGCUCGGCACGGACACAGUGUCUAGAAAAGGCUCAACAUUUAGGCCGAUGGACACUGAUGCCAAACACAAGGACAAUGAUGCUACCUCUCACUAUGAUCAGCUGCAGACGGGGAUCCAGUACGCCCUCCCACUGACCAAUCAGGAGCCAGAGUAUGCAACGCCCAUCAUCGAGCGCCACACCUUCCGCAAAGAUCCCUUCCUCCCAGAUCCCAGCUACAGUGUUCCAGGUGUGGUGCUAAACAAAAGCCCGUCUUUUCGAGCAGUGGAGGGCAGUAACUGUCGGAAAGUUGUGGGAGGGCUGGCUGGAGGUUACCAGACACCCCAAGUCAAAAGAGACAGUGGAAAUCACAAAGAGGACAUCUACGACAGCCCUAAAAUCCAGAAGCCUGUCAUGCAGAAUGGUGGUUGUCCAGAGUACAAGAGGCCCCAGAUAAAAGCCCCAGUGAAGAAGAGCUAUUCAACUCCAAGAGACUGCGUCAGGUUGCCACUCUCUGGACCCAGACUGGACCCAGAGGGCAGCAGCUCGGACGGAAGCUGAGCAGAACCAUACAUACUGUGAUUUGCCUGAUUUAUCUGAUUCAACCAAAUCACCUCAGGACUCCUCUGUUAACUUAUUUGUGUGUUAAGUGAGAACACAUUGUUUUUUACCUUUUGCAGUAAAGAAAGACAGCAGGGGGGACAGCAGGAGUAUUCCGGGUUCAAUACAAGUUAAGCUCAAUUGACAGCAUUUGUAACAUAAUGUUUAAAAAAAGACUGAAAAAAGAGGAAAAGUGGCUGUUUAAAUAAGGCACUUACAAUGAAAGUGAAUGGGACCAGUCCAUAAACAUUAAGACACUCCCUGUAUAAAAAAGUGCAGCCACAAGAUGUAAACAUUAUACAUGCUAACAUGAUUUUAGUGUGAUAAAAUCAGGGGUUUACCAGAUUCUGUUACAUUGACUUGAGGAAAUUGGAUGUAUCUUUACACAUAUAAGGUUAGCAAUUGUAUCACACUAAAAUCAUGUUAAUAUCUAUUUACUUUUUGAAACAGUGUGUAUUUUGAAGCUAAUGGACUGGCCCCAUUCACUUUAAUUUUAAAUGCCUUACUAUGACUAUGUUUUGCUUAUAUAUAUAUAUAUAUAUAUAUAUAUAUAUAUAUA